ACCAAUCAGAGCGUAGUUAACAAAAAGCUUGGUUUCGUAAAAGUUUUCAAAAUGGCGGAAAAAAGAAAGUUGUCCAGCGCCAGCGGCGGUGCAAAACGAAUAAAAGCUCUCUUUUCCUCGUUUAUCCGGAGAGAACCAAAGGGUGAAUCAAAAGACGAUAGUCCUGUUGAAUCAGGUGAACCUGAUGGCAGUGAAGGGCAAAUGUCAGGUGAUGUCGCCGAUGGAGCCCUCCCUGCUACCAAGCCAGAUACGCCAUCCAGACGAUGCUUCAGGCCACUCAACACUCAGGAUUUCUUUGCAAGAGUGGAGACCUUCACAGCCUUUGGUUGGUUUGCCAAGCCCUCAGAUCUCUCCCCCUUGCACUGUGCACGUUACGGCUGGGAGAACAUCGACACAGAUUGCUUGAAAUGUGUCAGCUGUAGAGAGAUAGUGUGCGGCGGACUUCCCGUACGGUGGGAGACAGAGUCAUACAGUCAAGCCUAUAAUAAAUUGAAGGAUUCGUUGAAGAGUGCCCACAGUAAGAUAUGUCCCUGGCCUGACAGCCCAUCGCCAGAAUCGUUUCUUCACAUUCCAUUGGGUGAUGUGAAAUCCGCCAUCGAGAGCUAUUACUCCAGGGUAGACACUUUGCACUCGUUAGGCGUCAACUUACCCAGCAUUGACUGCAGUCCUGUCAAACAAGAGGAGCAAUUUGUUAUUAGUGAUGUGGAGGCGGCACUUUUGAAGUCGAUUUCGGAGAGGGGCGAUUCAGCGGUCAUUGUUAGUGAGGAGGAGAGACCAGUGUGGCUGGCUGGCUGUCUGCUUGCAGUGUUUGGCUGGCAGAAAAGUCAUUCAGAGCAAACCAAUUGCCCUGUGUUGGUGUGCCAGUACUGCCGACGACAUGCAGGCCUUUGGAAUUUUGUUUCCUUGAAGGAGGCCGAGACCAGACCGGCAGUGGUUGGUGAAGCAAGUGGUGCGGAAACAGAUGAGGAACCAUCAGCCAAGAGAAUCAAGGAUAUCGAGAAGUCAGCUUUCAACCCUGCGACGGAGCACCGGGCGUGGUGCCCCUGGAUCCAGUCCUCGACCUUCCAGUCAAUCAAACUGCAGAGAAUCUCAAACGAGCAGAGCGAGUCCAACGAUGAGCCCUCAGCUGAGCUGAGCUGGCAGCAGUUGCUGGUCAUUCUGUUGAAGAAGACCAACCCAGACUCCUAUGGAGCGUUGGCACCGGUCAUCAACAAGGACACAACACCACCCAGUCAGACCUGGAAAGCUGUAAGAAGAAUCCUGAACAUCUGGCAGAGCAAGGAGACAGCUGCUCCUCCUAAGGAGACCACAGACCCUCCCCAAGAUACCAGCUAGUCCUGAAGAGAUUCUCCAAUCCUGGAGACAUUUUAUUUUUAUUAAUCAUUUGUGACCCAACCCAACAAGAUGGGUCAAAUAUCGCCAGAGCUACUUUUGUAUUAUUGGCUGUUGAACAGAAUCAUUACAACCCUUUCACCCACACUAUCCGCUCCGUUCGCAAGUACCCCCUCACCGGCAAAGAAAGUACAGUUGGGGGUGACCGACUGACGCCAUCUUGCCUGACUGCAAUUUUGCCGCGACGCGCGGCCGUACCGUUGCAU